AUGUUUCGAGCACUGACGCACUCGUGUUUACAUCAAUCACAUCGAACAUUGGUCUGUAAUUUGACUACAUCGACGAGUCCAGUAUCCGAUAAAAAAGCAGCAACAGAGUCGAAUGCAACGGAUGAUGAUGUCAAAUUUUUUCAUGUUAAUAGAACGGGUAUUAUCCAGUUAAAUAGACCAAAACAAUUGAAUUGUAUGACGAUAGCAAUGGGUCGACUUAUGUCUUCGAAAUUACAGGAAUGGAAUUCAGAUGGCUAUACACAAUUAAUAAUUAUCAAAGGAGCAGGAUCAAAAGCUUUCUCUGCUGGUGGUGAUAUGAAAGGUCUUCUAGCAAAGACUAUAGAUGGAGAAAGAUUGCGUCGUGAUUUUUUCUAUGAUGGAUAUCAAACGUAUUAUCUAACUAGUGUAUGUAAAGUACCUUACGUUGCUCUCAUCAAUGGAAUUACCAUGGGUGGAGGUUGUGGUAUGUCUCUUCACGGAUCGUUCCAAGUGGCCACUGAAAUGACUACUCUUGCCAUGCCUGAAACUUCAAUUGGAUUCUUUCCUGACGCUGGUGGCUCAUAUUUCUUACCUCGUUUACCCAACAAUAUCGGUGUUUUUCUCGCUUUGACAGGCCACCGUCUUCGUGGUCUCGACGUUGUUCACGUUGGACUUGCCACACAUUUUGUACAAAGUAGUCGAUUGGCACAUGUUGAACAAAAACUCGCUACGAUCUCCAACGCCAAUCACGAAUCAGUGAAAAGAGUGUUAGACGAAAACAAUGAAGCGGCUCAGUUACAUACACCAUUCACUCUUGGACCGCACUUGUCACUGAUCAAUCGAAUUUUCUCCUUGGAUGUAAAAAAUGUAGAAAGUAUUAUGCAAGAACUGAAAUCGAAUGGCUCAGAAUUUGCCUUAAAACAACAUGCAGUUCUCCAAACAAAGAGUCCAACGUCGCUUAAGCUCACAUUUGAGCAAUUGAAACGUGGCAAACACCUGGAUUUAAAAGAUUGUCUAAAAAUGGAAUAUAAUAUCGCUCAACAUUUGAUGAAACGCAACGAUUUUUUUGAAGGCUCUCGUGCAGUUCUUGUCGACAAGGAUAACAAGCCUCGCUGGCAACCAACUGCAUUGAGUGACAUUUCCGAUCAUGAUAUCGCCCGAUUUUUUGAGAAAUUACCGACUGAUGAAGAAUUGAAACUACCAUAA